GAGGUCAUGAAGAAGUCGCGCGACCGCGCGUUCCGCGGCGGUAUCGCCGGCUUCGCGGCGGGUGUCGUGCAGGUCGGCUCCUUCAUGUGGCUUCGUACCACCAUGAACUACCAGUACGCCAACGGCGGCUCCCUUGGUAACGCCAUCUCCACCCUCUACAAAGAAGGCGGCAUCGGCCGCUUCUACCGCGGUGUCGGCUUUGCCAUCAUCCAGAACCCCCUGUCCCGCUUCGGUGACACCGCCGCCAACACCGGCAUCCUCUGCGCGCUCCAGGAGUUCUCCCCGAACAUGCCCGUCGCCCAGAUGACCGCGUUCGCGUCCCUCGGCGGCGCGUCGUGGCGCAUCUUCCUCACCCCGGUGGACACCUUCAAGACCACCCUCCAGGUGCAGGGCCCCAAGGCGCUCGAGCUCCUCAAGGAAAAGGUCAAGGCGGGCGGCGUCGGCGUGCUCUACGGCGGCGCGGCGGCCAACUUCGCCGCCAACUGGGUGGGUAACUACCCGUGGUUCGUCACCUUCAACUACCUGCAGGCGAACAUCCCCAAGUACGACGGCGUCAAGCAGCUCGCUCGCAACGCCGUCAUCGGCAUGUGCGCGUCCUUCGUGUCCGACUGCGUGUCCAACUCCCUGCGCGUGGUGAAGACCAUCAAGCAGACCUCCGGCGACGCGAACCUCGGGUACAUCGGCGCCGUCAAGGGCGUCAUCGCGAAGGACGGCGUCGCCGGCCUCUUCGGUCGCGGCCUCAAGACGCGCCUCAUCACCAACAUCGCGCAGUCCAUGGUGUUCUCUGUGUUCUGGAAGGCGAUUGAGCAGAAGCUCAACGAG